CACAAAGCAACUACAUAAUCUCUUACACAAUUCAAACACAAUUAUAUCAAUUUCAUCCAACAAGAUGAGUUUAUCAAGAUCACUUGUAACCUCAGUUUGUAAAAAAAUAAUCAAACCAUAUUUUCCUACUCCAAUUUCACUUAGAUGUCACAAGUUAUCUUACAUUGAUCAAGCACUUGAUGGAAUAUAUAACCCAUGUGCCUUUUUUUACCCUAAAUUGAGCAACACAUGGUCAAAUAAAUCAAGUAAUGUUAUAUCUGAACAUCUUGAGAAAUCCCUUUCAAAAGUUUUGGCCCAUUAUUAUCCACUGGCAGGGAAAUUGAAUGACAAUGUCUCUGUUGAUUGUAACGAUAACGGAGUUGAGUUCUACAUUACAAAAAUAGAUUGUCCAAUGUCUGAAAUUCUCAAUGACCCUUAUGCUGAUAAGGAAGAUUUAGUGUAUCCGAAAGGAGUUCCUAAUACAUAUUCGUACGAUGGUAGUCUUGCGGUGUUUCAAGUUAGUUACUUCAAUUGUGGCGGAAUAGCAGUCAGUUCAUGCAUGACACAUAAGGUUGUGGAUGGAUACACGAUAUGCAACUUCCUUUACGACUGGGCUACUAUAGCGCGCAAUCCAAAUUCAAAAUUACCAAGUCGUAUAUUUAAUGGAUCGUCUUUUUAUCCACCUACAAAAGACGAUUUGUCAGACAUAACCAAUCACGUCAUGCCAGAAAGAGAAGAAUGUUUGUCCAAAAGUUUUUGUUUCUCUUCAUCUAAAUUAGCUGCAUUGAAAGCUAAGGUCAUUAGUCAAUCUGAAGUACAAAAUCCAACUGACACAGAGGUAGUUUUAGCAUUCAUUUACCAACGGGCCAUGGCUACCAAAAAAGUCAUAUCAGGUUCAAUACGUCCAUCCAUAUUAAAACAGGCCGUGAGUUUACGCCCUCCGUUGCCAGAAACCACGAUGGGAAACGCCAUUUCUCUCAUUUCUAUAAUAACAUCAGAAGAGAAUGAAAUGGAUCUACCACGAGUGGUUGGUAAACUACGAAAGUCGAAAGAAGAAUUUCGACAAAAAUAUAGACAUGCUCAAACAAAUGAGUUUGCAGCUACAACAAUUGGACAGUAUAGAGAAAUGGCUGAUAUGAUUGUCAACAAUCCAUGUCAUGAUCUCUAUAGGUUUAGCAGUCUUAUUAAAUUCCCCCUUUAUGAUGUCGACUUUGGAUGGGGAAAGCCUGAAAAAGUUAGUGCAGCAAGUAAUGGAUCAAUUAAAAACAAUUUUUGGUUGAUAGAUAGUAAAAGUAGGGAUGGAGUGGAAGUACUAAGUUGCAUGAAGGAACAAGACAUGUUAGCACUUGAGAGUGAUGAAGAGUUCCUACAAUUUGCUUCUCCAAGCAACUAAAUCAUAGAAGAGAACAGCCUUGCAAUUCAAUGGGACUGGACUAUGACAAUCCAUUCUGAUUCUCAAUCAGUAUAAAAUAUCUGGUGUCAUUCUAUUUCCAGCAUUUGCUUAUUACAACUUUAUUUUAAGUUAUUAUUUGCUAGAAAAAAUAAUCGACUACUGGAAACAGUUAGUCAACUAAGAAAACCAAAAACAAAUCGCAAUUGACCUCUCCCCUCUUGCGCUUUCAUUGUUGAGUUGAAAUUUGAUGAGCUAUUAUAUUUGAUUACAACUUUUAACAUAGUGAGAUAAUGCAUAUUGUUAAAGUACUCCAUCUGUUUUAAUUUCUAUGACAUUGUUUGAAUUUCCAGAUUCUAA